GGGCGGGACGGCGAGCGGGGCGCCAUGUCGCGGCGGCGGUGGCGCGGCCCUCAGGGUGCCGAGGGUGGCGGACGCGGAGCCGACAUGGGGAAGAUGGCGACGGGCGGCGGCGGCGGCGGUUCGGGCCGAUAUUACGGCGGCGGUGGCGGCGGCGAGGGCGGGAGAGCUCCUAAACGCCUGAAAACCGAGAGCGCGGAGGCGCCGCCUCAUGGGCCCGGCGGGCCGGGGGGCGCGGGCGGCGGGGCCGGAGCGGGAGGAUCGGAGAACUACGAGGACCCGCACAAGACGCCGGCGUCGCCCGUGGUUCACAUCCGCGGCCUCAUCGACGGCAUCGUGGAGGCCGACCUGGUGGAGGCGCUGCAGGAGUUCGGGCCCAUCAGCUACGUGGUGGUGAUGCCCAAGAAGCGCCAGGCCCUGGUGGAGUUUGAGGACAUCCUGGGCGCCUGCAACGCCGUCAACUACGCGGCCGACAACCAGAUCUACUUCGCCGGGCACCCCGCCUUCGUCAACUACUCCACCAGCCAGAAGAUCUCGCGGCCCGGCGACAGCGACGACGCGCGCGGCGUCAACAACGUGCUGCUCUUCACCAUCCUCAACCCCAUCUACUCCAUCACCACGGACGUGCUCUACACCAUCUGCAACCCCUGCGGGCCGGUGCAGCGCAUCGUCAUCUUCCGCAAGAACGGCGUGCAGGCCAUGGUGGAGUUCGACUCGGUGCAGAGCGCCCAGCGCGCCAAGGCCUCGCUCAACGGCGCCGACAUCUACUCGGGCUGCUGCACCCUCAAGAUCGAGUACGCCAAGCCCAGCCGCCUGAACGUGUUCAAGAACGACCAGGACACCUGGGACUACACCAACCCCAACCUGAGCGGGACAGGAGACCCCGGAGGGAACCCCAACAAACGGCAGCGGCAGCCGCCCCUGCUGGGGGACCACCCGGCUGAGUACGGUGGCCCCCACGGUGGCUACCACCACGGCCACUACCACGACGAGGGCUACGGGCCCCCUCCCCCGCACUACGAGGGCCGGCGCAUGGGGCCUCCCCCGGUGGGGGGGGGGCACCGCAGGGGUCCCGGCCGCUACGGCCCCCAGUACGGGCACCCCCCCCCUCCCCCGCCGCCGCCCCCCGACUACGGCCCCCACGCCGACUCGCCCGUGCUCAUGGUCUACGGGCUGGACCAGGCCAAGAUGAACUGUGACAGGGUCUUCAACGUCUUCUGUCUCUAUGGCAACGUGGAGAAGGUGAAGUUCAUGAAGAGCAAGCCGGGCGCGGCCAUGGUGGAGAUGGCCGAUGGCUACGCCGUGGACAGAGCCAUCACCCACCUCAACAACAACUUCAUGUUCGGCCAGAAGCUCAACGUCUGUGUCUCCAAGCAGCACGCCAUCAUGCCCGGGCAGUCCUACGGGCUGGAGGACGGCUCGUGCAGCUACAAGGAUUUCAGCGGCUCGCGCAACAAUCGCUUCUCCACGCCCGAGCAGGCGGCCAAGAACCGCAUCCAGCACCCCAGCAACGUGCUGCACUUCUUCAACGCGCCCCUCGACGUCACCGAGGACAACUUCUACGAGAUCUGUGACGAGCUCGGGGUCAAGCGCCCGUCCUCGGUCAAGGUGUUCUCUGGCAAGAGCGAGCGCAGCUCCUCGGGGCUGCUGGAGUGGGACUCCAAGAGCGACGCCCUGGAGACGCUCGGCUUCCUCAACCACUUCCAGAUGAAGAACCCCAACGGGCCCUACCCCUACACGCUCAAGCUCUGCUUCUCCACGGCCCAGCACGCCUCCUAAGGGACCCCCGGGACCCCCGGGGUCAGCCCGGAGACCCCCGGGACCCCCAGGAUCCCCUGAGACCCCCUGGGGACCCCCAGGGUCAGCCCUGAGACCCCCUGGGGACCCCCAAGAUCCCUUGAGACCCCCUGGGGACCCCCGGGGUCAGCCCUGAGACCCCCCGGGACCCCCAGAAAUCCCCAUGGGGACCCCCUGGAUCACCCAGGAUCCCUUGGGACCCCCAAGAUGUCCCCAGGACCCCCUGGAGACCCCUGAGGACCCCCAAGGAUCCCCCCUUGGAUCGCCCUGGGACCCCCAGGAUCAGCCCUGAGACCCCCAGGACCCCCCCCAGGACCUCCUGGGGACCCCCGGGACCCCAGAACCCCCCCUGGGACCCCCCAGGACCCCCCUGGGACCCCCCAGAACCCCCCUGGGGACCCUGGGAUCCUCCUGGGACCCCCCAAAACUCCCCCUGGGACCCCCUGGAUCCCCCCCAGGACCUCUCUG